CUGAAAAAACAAGAACGUACUUACAACAAGCCAACCGGAAUACCAAAUAUCUCCUGGUAAAAAUGAAGAGGGAUAUGUAUCAGUUCCUCUUGCUUUUUGUGGUGAUCCUCUCAUAUCCCUGUCUGUUUGACUCAGUGCAUUCUCUGCAGCUGAAUUCCUCUACCACCACCACUACUUUUUCCAAUUGCCACCCUCACCAAACCUCUAUUUUGCUCCAACUGAAAACAGAGUUUACAUUUAAGAGGCAUGAAUUUUCAUAUUAUGACGAGGAGGUUGGAAAGAACACCUACCCAAAGAUGAAAUACUGGAAAGCUGGCAGUGAUUGCUGUUCUUGGGAUGGUGUCUCAUGCGAUAUGGCAACUGGUCAUGUAAUAAGCCUUAACCUCUGCAACAGUUGGCUUCAUGGACCUCUGCACUCUAACAGCAGCCUUUUCAGAUUGCUUCAUCUUCGAAAUCUCAACCUUGCCUUCAACAACUUCACUUCAUCGCCCAUUCCUUUAAAGUUUGGCCAACUUACAAGGUUAACACAUCUCAACCUCUCUAACUCUAUGUUUUCUGGGCAUAUUCCAGUAUCUGAAAUUUCAAGGCUCGCAAAUUUGAUUUCACUUGAUCUUUCUUUCAAUGGUGACAUAUACUUUUCUAGUGAUAUUUUUUUGCAUAUGAGAGAAGGAGAGCUGGGAAGGCUUACCCAAAACAUGACCAAUUUAAGACAACUUCACCUUGAUUGGGUGGAUCUUUCUUCCCGGCUACCUAUUCACUUGGCAAAUUUAUCUUCUUUGACACAUCUCUCUUUACAGGAUUGCAAUUUGCAUGGUGAAUUCCCAAAUAAUAUCUUCCAUUUGCCUAACAUACAGUUCAUCCAUCUUUCUGAUAACAACAAUCUUACCGGUUCUCUUCCUGAAUUUCCUUCUAGCAGUAUGCUAAAGUCGUUGGCUCUUUCUAACACCACUUUCUCAGGAAAACUACCAAAUUCAAUUGGCAACCUUAAAUUCUUGAAUUUUUUGAAUCUCGAAAUGUGUAGCUUUUCUGGAAUUGUUCCUUCUUCGCUUGGGAAUCUUACUGAACUCACAUAUCUUGACCUAACCCAUAAUAAUUUCAAAGGUCAGCUUCCAUACACAGUAGGGAACCUUGCAAAGCUCACUGAAAUUCUCCUCUGGGCUAAUGAAUUUAGUGGUGAAUUACCUUCUUCUCUUGGAAACCUCAAAAGAUCGAAAAUUUUAGAUGUUGGUCGAAAUAGUUUCAGCGGUCAAAUUCCAUUGUCACUUAAAAAUCUCACACAAUUGGAAGUGUUGGAACUUUCAACAAAUUUUUUCAGUGGAGUCAUUCCUUCGUUUUUAUUUAAAAUGCCUUCUUUGAUGGAUCUGUAUCUGGACAACAAUCAGUUUUCAGGCUAUCUCAAUAUUGACAGAAUCUCUAAUUCAUCCCACUUAGACUCAUUGUAUUUAAGUGGAAAUGAAUUAUCUGGACAGAUUCCCAGUUCCAUAUCCAAACUAACAAUGCUCAACCGAUUGUACCUUGAUUCAAAUCAUUUAAGUGGCAGUCUUGAUUUUGGCAUUUUCUCAAAGUUGAGUCACCUUCAGUAUCUUGAUCUUUCAAAUAACCGAGGCUUUCUUAUAACAAAUUCAAGUAGGAAUUCCACUCUUCCCAAGUUUGUGGAAUUAUCUUUAUCCUCGUGCAACAUUAGUGAGUUUCCUACAUUCCUGAAAACACAAGAUGAAUUGUACAUAUUAGAUCUUUCCAACAAUAGGAUAAGCGAUCCAAUUCCCAAAUGGUUACUGAGCAUUGGGACAAUUGGUGUGCUGAAUCUUUCUCACAACUGCAUUAGAGGAUGGGAAGAAGCCCCCUUAACUCUCCCAUGGAAGACAAUGUAUUUUCUAGAUCUACAUUCCAAUAAGUUACAUGGAUCACUUGUAGUUCCACCAAUGUCCAUCAUUUACUUUUCCAUUUCAGAAAAUAACUUGGUUGGAAGAAUUGAUCCACUGUUUUGCAAAUUGGGGGGCCUUCAAUAUCUUGAUUUAUCAAGUAACCUGUUGAGCGGUACUAUUCCUCAAUGUUUGGGUGGCUUCAAUAGUGUUCUCUCAGUUCUAAAUCUAAGAAGAAACAACUUCCAUGGCACUAUGCCUGGAACAUGUGGGGAAACAAGCCAAUUAAAUAUAUUGGAUUUGAGCUACAACAAUUUGCAUGGGAAGAUUCCAGAGUCACUUAUUAAAUGCAAAGAGCUACAAGUUUUAAAUCUCGGCCACAAUCAGAUAAGUGACACAUUUCCUUAUUCGCUACAGAGUUUGUCAUCGAAGCUCAAGGUUCUCAUUUUAUCUUCCAAUAAAUUUUAAGGUCCAAUAUGGUAUUCACAUAACUUCUCAGGAUUUGCGAGCUUAAUUAUCAUUGAUCUAUCUUCCAAUGAUUUCAGUGGAAGCUUACCCUCACAUUAUUUUCAAAAUUGGAUUUCAAUGAUAGAAACUUCACAUAGUGAGUCACAAUUGAAUUACAUUGGUGACAGUUACUACCUCUACUCGGUGUCUAUGAUAAACAAGGGACUAGAAAUGAUGUACAUUAGAAUUUUCACUUUCUUUGGGUGCAUUGAUUUCUCAAACAACAAAUUUUAUGGAGAAAUUCCAAGGGCAAUAGGGGAUCUUGGAAGUUUAAUCGUGCUCAACUUGUCAAGUAAUAAUUUUUCAGGACACAUCCCUUCAUCUUUAGGGAAUUUGAUUGAGCUUGAAUCAUUAGAUCUCUCUAAUAAUAAGCUUUGUGGUGAAAUCCCUCAUCAGUUAACUAGGCUCACAUUUCUUGAAUACUUGAACUCAUCUGAAAAUCAACUUGUGGGUCCAAUACCUCAGGCCGGACAAAUUGAGACAUUUUCAAAUUCUUCUUUUGAGGGAAAUUGGGGGUUAUGUGGUCUUCCAUUGUCAAAAAAGUGUGAAACUCUCUUGCCACCUUCUGAAUACAGCGAAGAAUCAGGUGAUUCAAUAUUAUCCGGUUUGACUUGGAAAACUGUUGCAAAGGGAUAUGGAUACGGACUCAUAAUUGGAUUGAUGAUCGGAUUUAUAACCACCUCAAGUUGGCCAUGUUUGAUGCUCAAGAAGUUAGGUGUGAUCCCACCAAGAAGACUAAGAUGAGCACAUAGUUGAAGGUACUUGAAGUUAAUGGAGAGGAACUCUAAUUCUUCUGGCUAGAAGAUUAAAGUGAGUGAUAAUUUUAUUACAGUUCUCAAUGUACUUCAUGUUAAUUUUAUUUUGAUUUAUGAUUAACAUCAUCAUAACAGCGGCUAAAGCUGUGAAAAUUUGUCGAUUUAUUAAAUAAUUUACAAUUACAGUUUACAAGUUAAUUACCAUUUAGUUAGUAAUUUGUAUUUUACGGAAACAGUGUCAUCCCAUUUAAAUUCUAUUUGUCUGGUUUAUUAAAAAAAAAUAGUUAGUUUUACUUUUAUCUUUCUAAAGACAAAGCAUUUUUUCUUUGGCAAAUUUAAGUCAUUUUUUGUUCUUUAGGCUUUCAAUCUUUUGAUUUGCCUCCAUAAGAGGUUGGAGAUUUGUUUGUAGCUGACUGUUUAUGUUUUAUUGAUGGGUUUUUAUAACUCACCCUUUCUUCCAAAUGAGGCCCCUGUUAUUUUAUUUAUAUAUUUUUUGCUGGAAUUAGCUCAUAUGGCAUCCGUUUAAGUGUUGUUUCUUUGAGAGGGGGUCGGUAAGAAGUCGGCAAAGAGGUUUUAUAUAUGCUGAUAGGUGCAAGACAUAUGAUAAUUCCCUUCAAUUUCAAUGGGAAAAUAUGAGAAAAAGAGAGGGAGAGAGAAAAUCUGGGGAUUUUCUUGGGAAACACUUUGAGAGUGUGAGCUGUAUGAGUGAUUUGUAAACAUAUUUCUUGAUUAACAGAAGCAGGAUUAUCUACAAUUUGGUGGCUGAACCACUUUAAACAUCAUAUUUGUUUUUCUUGUUUCUAUCUUGCCGUUAUUACUCUGUUAGUUACAGUAUUUUUCUGGUUUAUUUGCUGUGAGAUUUUUGUUUGGUGGUCUGAAAAUUUUAACAGCUUACGGGUUCCUUCCCCUCGCUUUGUUGUUGGAGUGUUUUAGCCCACCUUUUCAGCAAAUAAUAAAAAUAAAAAUAAAAGACAAUGCAUUUUGUGUUUUUCUCUAAGCUUUCUAUAAAAAGCAUCUUCUUCUUCUGGAAGAAGCUGAGUGUUCUUGUUGCCAUUUCUAGUUUUAUGAAAGCUUACGAGCUUUAUUAGAUUAAUGAAAUUGAGUGUUAUAAGAAGGUUCAAAGAUAUUGCUCUGGUCUUCUAUUGAGUUUGAUGUACUUUUAAUCAUAUAGACUUCCUAAACUAUGAAUAGUCUCCUUGUCAUCUUAGUAAGCAAUCUUGGCAUGAUCUAAAAUCUCCAACACCUGUAAUCUUUUUUUCACAUAAAUCAGUCUUUACGUAUUUACAGAAUACAAUGAAGGCAAGUGCUUCAUGCUGGUUGGACAUCUUCUAAGGGUAUCAGCUACCAUGAUUGGAAGAAACAAAAUGUGCUAAUGGCAGUGCAAUAUAGAGAAAUCUUAGUCUACCAAAUGUUCGAUUUUGUCGCGUGUUAGAGAAAGAAACAAAUGCAACUUUGGCAAUUAGUCUUUCAAAGCCAGAAGCAGAGAGGACUUCAUCCACCCCAAGCAAUACAGACAGAGAAUUAUUACAUAUAUAUAUAUAUAUUGACAAUUUGAAGAUUUGGGGCACCAUAUUCAGAUUCCAUACAUGCAUUUUUGUUGCUGAUGCACAGAUCUACAUGAAUACAUUUUUCCAUAUAGCAUGCAAUGAUAUUCUUUAUUUAUGAAUUUGAUGGAAGCUAUUGGAAAAUUGCCAGUACUGUGUUCUUUCACAAUGCUCUAAAAGCUAUAAAACCUCAAAGUGAGUCAUGGUAAGCCUUUGCACAUGUUACUACUGAUCCUAAUUAGUUUCUUAGGAGAAAUGAGGUGGUUCCAAAUGCAAGAUUCGCUUAAGUGCAUAAUUUAUUAGCAUGCCUUAUUACAUAUGUGGAUUUUGCCAAAGUCCAAUUAAUAUCUUUUCAUUUCAUAUAUAUAUAUAUAUAUAUAUAUAUUUGAAAAUAUUGACAUUAAAAAUUUAUCUGGAGUCAAUCAUAUAUAACCAAAACAGAUUGGGCUUGGAUACGACUCCAUUAAGGCGUGGUAGCAUACAUGUUUGGGCUUCAAAUUCAAAGCUUUGCGGGCCAUAUGGUGAUCCUAUAUUCUUCAAAGGAGUUGGUUAUUUGUUCUAAGUGCUAUCUAAAGCUUAUAAUUUGUUUAUAUCACAACUUUAUAAAUAUCCCCCAAGAAGGCUAAAUCAAUAAAUAGGCUGGGCCUUUGUUAUAGUCUUUGUACCAACCAGCCAUUCCCAUUCAUAAGCCCCAUGACGAUAGCUUGGGUCUACCCCUCUACUAGAAUUUUAACCAAAAGUCUAACCCAAAUAAACAUGUGGGCUUAUUAGGCCUCCUAUCACAAAAUUGGGUACUAGCAAUAGGAGGGUGGAGAAUAAAAGUGUUUCCUGUAACUAAAUCAAGCCACCAUAUUGCUUUGGCAUUUCUCUAACUUGCCAAGAAGUUGGAAACCUUGAGAGUUCUGUAGGAGAAGGAUGAUGUGAGGAAUUAAUCCUCAAGAGCUAAGGAAAUAAAGUUCAGCUAUGCUUCAAGUAUUCAAACCUGUGCUCACAGAUAAAGAAAGAAGAAGAUGGAUGGAACGACAGCAUUUCUUUAAUGAGUUUAAGUAUAUCAAAAGGAACGACGACAUUUAGGAGUUUGUUUUUAAUUAACUGAAACACAUGCAAAACAGGUGCAGCUGUUAGGUUGGUUAUGAUAAGGGGUUAAAAGCUGUUUAGUCCACACUAGAUUUUAAUAUUCAUCUUCUUCUUCGAGUAAGCAAAAAAAUUACAGAGUCGCAGAACAUUUUUUCUUGAGUUGAUUUUCUGGGUUUAUGAGAGAAAGUUCUGAUCUUUCCUUGCUGUUUCAAUUCUUCAAUGAGUUCUGUAAGGUUAAUUAGUGUUUCUUUGUGAAACCUUUGUGAGUGAACUGUGUGAAGGUGAAAAGGGGGCUUACGGGUUGGUUGUGGGUGUUCUCUGUGUGAAUCACCAUUGGAGAACCUGUCAAGCUUGUAAUUUCCUCAAUAGAUAAUAAAAGCAGAAGCUCAGAGAACCUAAGCAUGAGGAUGUAGGCAAUUUUUGGCCGAAUCUCAUUAAAUCGUUUCUUGAAGAUUUAACAAUGGCUUCAAAAAUUAAGGUGAAGAUCUAUAAUGGCAAGGGGGAUUUUCUACCAUGGAGGAAAAAGAUGAGGGCAGUUCUUAUGCAAAUGAAGGUUGCUCGAGCCAUAGACAGAUCAUUCCCAGCAGAUCUUCUGGAGGACAAGAGGCUAGAAAUUGACAAGAUUACUUUGAGUAGGAUCAUCCUACAUCUCUCCGAUAGUAUUCUCAGGAAGGUAGAUGAGGUAAAAAAGACCUCUGAGAUGUGGAAUAAACUCGAGCAAUUCUAUUUGUUAAGGUAACUUCCAGAUCGAAUCUUAUUACUUGAGCAGUUUUUUGGGUUUAAAAUGGAUACUUCAAAAGAAUUAGACACUAAUCUUGACAUGUUUAAUCGAAUAAUUGUGGAUCUUGCUAAUUGUAAAGUUACAUUCAGUGAUGAACAUAAUGCUGUAAUUUUUGUUAAAUUCUUUGCCUGAGUCAUAUAGAGAUGUCAAGAAUGCCAUCAAGUAUGGUCGUGAUUCUCUAUCUUUGGAUAUAGUGAUCAGUUCCUUAAAGUCCAGGGACAUAAAAUUAAAGUCUGAAUCAAGGAGUGAAGGGCUUAGUGCUCGAGGUAGAAGUGUCACUAGGAAUUCUGGAAAUAUUGACUUUAAGGGGGAAGAGUCGAGACCAUUCUAGAUCUAAGGCUAGAACAAAAGGUCAAAAAUGUUACUACUGUAAGAAAGAAGGCCAUAUUAUGAAGUUUGGUUAUAAGAAAAAGAGAGAUGAUAAAAGCAAGAACCAUGAGAGUGGUGAUCUUGCUGUUAUUUCUUCUAAUAAAUAAUCUGGUGAGGUUUUUGUUGCUAACAUUGAACAAAACAAGUUUGAAUGGGUUCUAAACUCAGGAUGCUCAUUCCAUAUGUGUCCAAUCCUUGAUGUUUUUCAGUCUUAUAAAAAAUAUAAGGGAGGACAUGUUCUUUUAGAAGAUGACCACUCUUGUAAAGUAGUUGGAAUUGGUAAUGUACAGUUUAAACUGUAUGAUGGCACCACCAGAACUCUUAAUUCAGUAAGAUAUGUUCCUGGUUUGAGGAGAAAUUUAAUCUCUCUUGGUAUGUUUGAUGAUGCUAGUUAUAUUUCUAAAACUAAAAAUGGAAAAAUGAGAAUAUCAAAAGGCUCAUUUGUUGCUUUUAAGGGUAUUAAGAAAAAUGGCCUAUAUGUCUUGCUUAGUGAAGCUAUUUUUAAUUCUUGCAAUACUUCUGUUUAGACUCCUGUUGAUAAUAUUGUGUUAUAGCAUAAUAGAUUAAGACCUAUUAGUGAAAAGGGCUUGUAUUAUUUGAAUAAACAAAAUGUGUUUGGUAAAGAUCAGAUAAGCAAACUAGAUUUCUGUGAAAAUUGUAUUUUAGGUAAGCAACAUAGACUUAGUUUCAACUUAAGUACAAGUAGAGCUAAACUGUACUGGAUUAUGUACAUGCUAAUCUAUGGGGCCCUGCUCAAGUUUCUACUCAAAGUGGAAAUAGAUAGUUUAUGUCCAUAAUUGAUGAUUAUUCUAGGAAGGUCUGGUUAAUUUUGUUAAAAUCUAAAGAUGAGGCCUUCAGCAAGUUUCAGGAGUGGAAGUUGCUGGUUGAAAAGCAGGUUAAUAGGUCUGUGAAGGCCUUAAGGACUGAUAAUGGACUUGAGUUUUGUAAUAAAGAGUUUGACAAUGUUUGUAAAACUCAAGGCAUUUUAAGACAUAGGACAAUAAAACAUACACCUCACCAAAAUGGUGUUGUUGAGAGAAUGAACAGGACUUUGUUAGACAAGGUAAAGUGUAUGCUGGUAUCCUCAGGUCUACCAAAGCUGUUUUGGGGUGAAGUAGUUAUGACUGCUAUGCACAUUGUUAAUUUGUCACCCUCUAUAGUUUUGAAUUUUCAGUCACCAGAGUCUAUUUGGUCAGGGAAGAUGCCAAACUAUGGUCACUUGAGAGUAUUUGGUUAUGCAGCAUAUGCACACCAAUCAGGGAAAACUUGAACCCAAAGCAUUAAAAUGUGUUUUCAUAGAGUAUUCUCAAGGGAUCAAAGGUUAUAGACUCUGGGAUAGAGAAGGUUAGAGUCAUUGUUAGUAAAGAUAUAAUUUUAAUGAAAAUAUUAUGCCUUGCAAGAUGACUAACAGUGCAGGUAUUGAUGAUAAGCAACAAGCUGAGACUAGACAGGUAAAGUUACCUGUACUUGAAGAUAAUAUACCAAAUCACCAGGAAAGAGGUGCCUUAAAGGAGAACAGAUCUGAAGCUAGUCAGGAUGGAACACCACAGCAUUCAGAAUCAGAUUUGGAUAAUGAAAGGGAAAUGCAACAGGCUUCUUCACCAUCAAAAAUCAUUGCUUCACCUGGAUAUUUGUUAACUCGAGAUAGGACCAAGAGAAAAGUAAUACCAAAUAGAAAAUAUAGCUAUGCUAACUUCAUUGCAUAUGCUUUGGUUGGUGUUCAAGACUUUUCAAACAAUGAACCUAAGAAUUAUAAGGAAGCUAUGGAAUCCAUAGCAGCAAGGAAAUAGAAACAGGCCAUGGAUGAAGAAAUGAAUUCUCUGCAUGACAAUCAUACUUGGGAUCUAGUUUCAGCUCCUUCAAAUCAAAGGACUGUGGAUUGCAAAUGGAUCUACAAAGUCAAUGAAGGAUUAACUAAGUCUGAUCUAGUGAGGUUUAAGGCAAGGUUGGUAGCAAAGGGGUUCAUACAGGUUGAGGGUGUGGACUACAAUGAAAUCUUCUCACCUGUGGUGAAGUAUACUACUAUUCGAAUUAUGCUCUCCUUGGUUACACAUUUUGAUUGGGAAUUAUAGUAGUUAGAUGUAAAAACUGCUUUUCUUCAUGGGAACUUGGAAGAAACCAUUUAUAUGAAGCAGCCACAGGGAUAUGAAAUUAUUAGAAAGGGUGGAGACCUUGUAUGCUUGCUAAGGAAGUCACUCUAUGGUUUAAAGCAAUCCCCAAGGCAAUGGUAUAGAAGGUUUAAUACUUUUAUGUUAAAGGCUGGCUUUACAAGGAGUAAUUUUGAUAGUUGCUUGUAUUUCAAGGAUAAAAUGAGUGCAAAUGCUGUAUAUUUACUUCUCUAUGUAGAUGAUAUGUCGCUGGCAGUACCAAAUGCAAAGAUCAUUAAUUUUAUGAA